GUGUGUGUUUCUGUUGACUUGACCCAACCGCUCUCUGAAUCUGAUCCUAAUACGAACCUAACGCCAUACCUAUUGUGUUCCUAUUUUGAGGGGUUUUCCACGUCGGUAUCACGGUUUCCCACGAUCAGGCCACCUAUGUAUCUUGACUAUCCUGACAGUUCAAACAUGAGAGACCGCAAGAAAGCACCACCUUUCCACGAGAGUGAGCUGAAGUUGCUCAUGCAACUGUACUGCGAUUCUUACGAAGAGUAUCAUGGACGUGGGCGAGAAAACGGAAAAAAUGGCGGCCAGUCCGAUAAGAAGAAUUUAUUACGACGUUUCGCUAAAGAGGUUUCAAACCUUGGAUUUUAUCAGCGUACCGAGAAACAGAUUGAAGAACGUUUACGAGCUGACUGUAAACGUGUUCGCAAGCAUGAGCGAGCACGAAGUCAUGAAGGACAAGAGGCGGUGCUAAACAGUCUGCCAACAUACCUACAUCAAUUGUAUGAAUGCCGCAAAAACAAGGCCAACGGUUCCGGUUUAUUGGGUUUGUGU